AUGUGUAAUUUAAGCAAAGUAUACUUUUCAAGAUGGAACUCUUCAUGGACCUAUAAAUUAAAGAGAUAUCACAUGUCCCCAAGAUGGAAUAUUAGUAAGUGGUUGGUGAAGGAAGAAUAUAAGUCGGUAAAGUUUAGCAAACCAUUUUAUUUGACGAAAUGGGGAAAUUUCAAAACCGUCCAUAAUCAGUUUUCAGCCAACAGCGGAGCAUUUAAUAAAUUUUGCGACAUGAACAAAUUGCAUGAGAACGACAUUCAUUUUAAAAAGUAG